CUCACGCUGGCGAACUCUGGCAACUUCUCCCGUGCGUUCUUAUAUAUAGCCUGGUCAGUCCCAAGAAGACACCAUUCACUCUUAUCUGAGACACGUGGAAAACGUAGUGCAUAACUUACAGCUCGUCCUGCCGUAACCCCUGCAAUAUGUCUUAUUCUUGGACAGUAUCAGCCGUCCUCCUGGUGGUGCUCUUGGUCGCCGUCAGUGGCCAAAGACCCGCGGCGAGUUUCCCGUCAAGAGCUGAGCUCGAAUUGGCCGUGAAUAACCCUAGCACCGUCCGUAAGGCUCUGGUUUGCAUCCGAGGCUAUGCCUGCAAGCUCCCAUAUGGACAAGUAUUGAGACAGGCAGGCCCUGAGCUCAUCAGGACUGGAAGAUGCCCUGUCCACGUGUGCAAGAGCAGGAGGCAACAGGAGCUGGCCAAAUGGAUGAUCCUCAAGAUCCAGGAAAAGUACCCAGAACUCUUCUACAACGCCGUGCACGACUUGAGCAGACGGGGUUAAUAUAAGUAAUGGGAAUUAUUUUUAAGAAAAAUAAAUGAACUGCAUUAGUACACAUACGUCGCGACAAAGGUUUAACAGAAAUUGACGCAUCGUCCUCGGGGAUGCACAGUCAAGAAUUUCACCACUUUGUCCGAUAUCCGAGACAACUAUCAUUAAGAAUUCAUUAUUAAAGAUAAUCAUCACAUAAACUGCUAAGGGUCAGAUUACAACUCAAUAUUACAAUGAAUAGUUCUAAGUUUCCUAGUGUGGCGUUUGACUAAAUCAUGUUAUUGUCGUACAAAGAAUGUAAUAUUUAUUUUGUGUACAUUUGACCUGUAUUUUAUUUGAAUAAAAAAAAUGUGUU